UAACAAGUCAAUCAUUGGCGUAAUUAAGCCCCAAAUGUGGUCUUCCUAGUUUGGGUUGGCACCGCUUGUCACUAGCCUAACCUUAAAAACGGUCUGUUUUCAUGCGUUAAACGCCUGAUUUUGAGUGUUUUUUGCGUUAUGGCACACACUAUUUUGCUCGUCCAGCCGGGGGCUAACCCCGAGACUCGCACCUACUCAGAUUACGAGUCGGUGAAUGAGUGUAUGGAAGGUGUUUGUAAAAUAUACGAGGAGCAUUUAAAGCGCCGGAACCCCAAUACUCCCACAAUCACCUACGAUAUUUCCCAGUUGUUUGAUUUUGUCGAUCAGUUGUCCGAUCUGAGUUGCUUGGUGUACCAGAAAUCGACAAACACCUACGCCCCCUAUAAUAAGGACUGGAUAAAGGAGAAAAUCUAUAUCUUGCUGAGGCAAGCAGCAGGACAUGCAGACUAAGGGAAAAACUAAACUAGAAUCUUACUUUAAGUUUUACUUAACGUUUUCUUUAAUUAUAAAUGUAUUAAACCUAGGUUAAAACACGUAAACAUGACUGCUUUCAAUUCCUAA